AUGGAGGGCCUCCGCUUCAUGGACUUCCUUGAGCUGUCCGAGUCGGCUUCAGAAAUCAGCGAGGACGAUUCCAUCUUCGACUCUGAUGUUGAGACCAGCGACGGCGAGGACUUUGCAGGCGUUCCCCUGUGGCAGACGGCUUUUAACAUCGCAAAGGGCAUCAUUGGUGAAGGGCUAUUGAGUCUUCCAGCUGGGCUUGCUGCUGGGACGGGUCUCUUCUCCGGAGUCUGCAUUGCCUUGGUGUUCUAUGUCGUUAUGACCUACACUUUCUGGACCUUAGGGCGCAUGUGCGAGGCGACAGGUGAAAAAUCCCAUCGCGGUCUGGGGGACAGAGUCACCUCUGGGGUCUUCUUCGGAAACUUGAUGGCAGUGGCCAACUUAAUUCAGACCCUCUGCUGCUGCGUCGCAUAUGCACUGGUCAUUGGGCGAAAUGCGGAAGACGUCCUUGCCCCUUUGCAGGCAAACACCUGGAUAAGCUCACGCCGCGGCAGUUGGGUGACGAUCCUCAUCUUCAUCUUGUUGCCCUUGUGCUUGCUCCGGGACCUCUCUAAGCUCGCAUGGUCGAGCUUUUUGGGCCUUCUUUGCGAGGCUUUUGUGGUAGGCUUCAUGAUCUGGCGAUUCCUGGAUGGGUCAUACCAUCCGGGUGGCCAGUUCUACGACAGUCAGACGCCUGGCACCCAUGUGAGUUGGGGUGACAGCGGAGAGGCAGAGACCUGGACCAUCAGCUUGAGCACCUUGACCUUGGUCUCCAGCAUGUCCACUGCGUUCCUGGCGCAUUACAACGCGCCGAAGUUCUACCACCAGCUGCGCAAUCGCGGUUCCCGCCGCUUUUUAGUGGCCACUCUGGCAAGUUUCACGCUGGCUUUGGUGCUGUUCGUGGCCUGCAUGGUGGUGGGGUACCUGACCUUUGGGCAAAACUGCUCAG